AUGGCGAGGCUAUCAUGGGAUUGUCUGCCGCUUUACCUUCAGAUAUUCCUUGUGACGACCGCAUUCAGCGCAACAUGCUACUUUCCUGACGGCAGCGAAGCCAAGAGAGACGUCCCUUGCAAGUCGAAUGGAGCUACCUUUUGUUGCCGAUACAACGAUAUUUGCAUGAGCAAUGGAAUCUGCAUGGGUGUGGGCGAUCAGCCAUAUGUUAUGUCGCGCGGCACCUGCACUGAUCGUGAGUGGAAGGCCGAGGGGUGCCCGUCAGUGUGUCGAGGACCGAAAGAUAAUGCAGACGGUGGUGUCGCCAUUACCGUCUUUCGGGGCGGCAAGCACCCAACAUACUGCUGCGGUGGGAUUACCACGAAGGGAGACACAAAAGUCUGUGACAACGAAGACCUGCCAUUCUCACUGCAAGACGGAGAAAUGAUAUUCGGCCAUGCUGCUCUUUCUAAUGUCGUCUCCUCCGCUUCAGCAACAGAGACUGACACUACACCUACUACGCCGCCUGCUAUCUCGCCGCCCUCGAAUUCACCUUCCUCCGGGUCAUGCUCUUCCAAGUCCAGGGAAGUGGCUAUCGGUGCGGGAGUCGGUGUCCCGCUAGGGAUAAUUGCUUUGUUUGCUAUUGGAGGGAUGAUAUUCGAACGACGGAAACGCAAAGCGUAUAUUGCGCAGGGACAGACGGCGUAUGGACAAGCGCAAUGGAGCCAACACCCUCCCGAGACGAAACCGCACAAUCCGGGGUUCGUUCAGUAUGCCCCAGCAGAGCUGGGUGGAGGGGAACCACUGGAACAUCGUUUAUCCGAUAAUACCACUGAUUACAUAAUCCGCAUCGAGGGAAAGAAAAUCAGUCGGGAACGGACUUCAAUCGAGUGCAAUUCAGCGAAGCGAGUUGAUAGCGGCCUGGUGCACCCUGGAGUGCCUGCCAUUGUUUCGUCAUAUCCCGAAAUAUGCACAGUUGAGCCACUUCUCCAACCCCAAUUCAUGACAAUGAUCCCUCCGCCCGCAACUGGCACCGCCCUUCCCUCACGAGGAGCCCUUCGUGUCCUCCGACGCCUGGCAUUGGCGGGUUCGACCGUGGGAGCAAUUGGAGGCGCCUGUACCGUUGCUACAAUCAGCUAUGAGGUCAAUCGUCGGGUUCAGCUUGUGGAGAACCUGGUCGAAAAUAAGCGGAGUUUGAAGACAACAUGCCCCAAUUACGAUUCAGCUGCGAGGGGCGCGAUGGUUGCGAAGAUGAUGGAGGCGGCGGAAGCUGGCGAGUUUCUGGGGAUAGAUUCGAUGCGGCAGAAACAGGAAGGCGAGGUCAAACAGAAUGCUGAGGAUGGGAGGACUUUGAGUGGGCCGGCUGGGAAAGGCCCAUCAGAACCGAAGACUACAGACCCGAACGCAUUUCGAAGGAGAUUGGAAGCUCUGACUUGGAUGCAGUCUUUGCAUGGACCCUGGAAUAUCCGACAGCCUGCUCUCCGUCCUAGCACCCGCAAAUACAAUCGAAAUGCAGAUGACACGAAUCUCACAAACCUAUUAACCGAAUUACAAUCGAAGGAUGACGGGGCAGUAGAUUCAACGCCGCCCCUACCUUCAUACAGACUACGAUACCGGGAUAGCCAGGAGGAGAAUGCUGCUCUUGCAGAGAAACUAUUGCUGCAAGGCAAACCUAUAGAAGCAUCCCAACGGUUUUUACGUGCAUACCCUACUGCGACUCCCACUCUACCAGAAGAAGCGAGGCAGCUCUGUAUCAAGCUUUUCGAGGAUAAUCUUAGAGCUGAUAAUGUGCAUUUAGCAUACCGGUUGUUCCGCUGGAUGGGCUUUGCGUCUAUAAUUUCUCAGCAGGCCUGGGAGUCUCUGAUCCUAGGCCUGGCGAAAAAAUGGAAUUUGGAAAUGAUGGCCACUAUUUACACUGAUCAUGCAGACCGAUUCAAGCUCCCAAAGUCGCUUCGAUACUCGGUGCUAAGGUCGCUUACCGACUCGUUCCGAUUGGAGGAGGCGAAAAACAUGGUAUUCCGGUUCUUAAAGGAAGACGAACAAUGCUCCCUAUCUGCCGUCUAUCUCGGAAGGCUGUGGAAAAAAUCUCGCAAUGUCGAACUUGUGAAAGCGCAAUUCGAUGCGAUUGUAGCAGAAUUGCAAGAUAACGAGAUGCCAGUGUCCCGAGUGCUCUAUAAUGCGCUGCUAGAAGCCUAUGUCGAGUCCGGACAGGAUGAAUUAGCUGAUGAUCUGGUGGACCGGAUGAAGUCAAAGUACAAUUACUCUCUUCCUAUACGGACCUUAGGUUUGCUAGCAUACGGCCGGGCCUUGAAAAGUGAUUGGGAAGGCGUCGAGCGGCUAUUUGACGAGAUCCAGAAAACUGAACCUCAGCACAAUUCAAAAUGGUUUGCAAAGAUUUUCGAUCGGGUCUUUUUGGAAUAUUUCCUGGGGAAUUCGGCCUCCAAUAUAAGGAAUUUCCUCUUUCAUGCCAUCGAGAAAUACAACCUCGUCCCGGAUAACGUUUUAUUUGAGCACAUUAUCCAAGCCUACAUCCAGAAAGGAGACCCAACAAUGAUGAUAGAGCUCAUCGAAGUUGCACAAGCCAAAGCUUGGCCUAUCGUGAUGAAGCGAGGUCGUUUCCUGGAUCUGCUGCGACUGCAGCGGGCAAAAUGUGGAAAAGCCAAUGUCGGAUUAUGGCAAAUGUUCCGCCGUUUUGGGCGCUUUUCCGUCUCGCAGCGCAUUCUCGGCUUUAACAAAAACGACUUCUCUGAGAACGGCAUUCUCAAACUGCCCAGAAAAGAGGAGCCAUCGAUAUGGUCCCGCAAGCCCGAUGCGCAGCGAGAUUUCCAUCAAUUCCCUGCUCUUUAUCAACAAAUGAUCCAUUGUAUGCAUGUGGGUUCAAUGGAUAAAGCCAUAGAGCUUUUCAAGGAAGCAAAAAUGUUAGGCAAAGUAAUGAGGGAGUUAGAUAUUGAUUUGGCGUUAACUGCAACUAUUAUCCACAACGGAUCCCUGGAGGAAGCGAAAUCUAUUUUGGCCGAAGAGAAAAACUCAUUCCCGUGGAUUGACAAGUCAUCGAUGCCGCAAUUCUUCCAAAGACUACUGUCCACCAACAACGCGUCCGAGUCGGAAGCAUUGACAAUGGCUAUUCUGAAUUUUUACAAGAUUCUUGAGCGCCAGGUCUUCCCGAUGAAGCACCAUAUUACAAUAUCCACAUGCAGCAACUUGAUUCGACGCGGUCGAACCAAGAAUGCUCUACGGCUCAUCCGAGCGGUCAACAGAUCCAAGUUUGGAGGGACGACGCCAUUUGAUUCCGUCGGUGUGCUAAUGAUCGCGAAGGCAUCAUCCAUCGUUGGCAACCUCGCGGGCGUCCGAUGGGCCAUUCUCACGGCGUUGAAUCGAGACUCGGCCGUCAGUAAGGAUUUUGUCGCGGAGAUUUACCAAACCAUCGACCGUUUUAAGAGUCGCUCUCCAGAACCUCUGGGUUCAAAUAGUGACGCCUACUCUCGAGAAAUUAAGUACCUCGAAGACCUAGCAGAGGUGCUUGGCCAAAAGGAGAAGUUUAUUUCCCGCCUAUCGCCAGGAUCUACUAUUCCCGUGGAUCAAAAACCUCAGGUUCAUGGAGAUGGGGGUCCUAAAUUCACCGUUCCUGAAAUCAUAGACACCAACGGGAUUUCCUUGUCACACACCCUGUCAACCUGGCUGGAGAGGGUGCAGCUAGAACAUGCACUUACAUCCACCAAUACCUAUUACUAG